CCCGCGGCACACGUCUAGGGUCUCGGUCCUAGAAGUAUAAGAGCUGGGCACCCAUCAUCGUCGGCCAUGACUCGCGAAGUUUUGUCUACUCUACCCCACGUUCGUGUCUAUUUGUGGUAGCCUAGAUAGACAUCAUGAGGUUCGUCGAUCUACUUGCUGUCGCUGCCGCCUCCGGCGCCGCCGCGGUGCCUACCAAGACCCUGAAGCGCGCCGGCAAGUUCGAAUUCACCGGCGUAAGCGAGUCUGGAGCCGAAUUCGGCAACCUUGCUCUCCCGGGACAGCUCGGCAAAGACUACACAUGGCCAGACCAUAGUGCCAUCUCUACCUUGAUCCAGAAGGGAAUGAACACUUUCCGAAUUCCAAUUAUGAUGGAGCGUGUUAUCCCUGACAAGCUAACUGGUACCGUCAACGAGACGUAUACUGUCGGCCUUGACGAGAUCGUCAAGUUCGUCACUGACCAGGGCGCCUACGCCGUGAUCGACCCGCACAACUUCGGCCGCUACUACAGCAACAUCAUCACCGACGUUGCCGGAUUCGGAGCGUGGUGGACCACCGUAGCGAAGCGAUACGCUACUAACGAGAAGGUUAUCUUCGAUACCAACAACGAGUUCCACGACGAGGACAACGCUCUCGUCGGUCAGCUCAACCAGGCCGCCAUCGACGCCAUCCGAGGCGCCGGUGCCACCUCCCAGUACAUCUUCGUCGAAGGCAACUCGUGGACUGGCGCUUGGCAUUGGACAUCCAGCGGCACCUCCGAAGCCAUGGGCAAGUUAACCGACCCCCAGGACAAGAUCAUAUACGAGAUGCACCAAUACCUCGACUCCGACGGCUCCGGCACAUCCGAAGCCUGCGUAUCCGCCACCAUCGGCGCCGAGCGUCUCGCCGACGCAACCGCCUGGCUCAAGGCCAACGGCAAGAAAGCCAUCAUCGGCGAGACGGCCGGCGGCGCCAACGCCCAGUGCAUCCAGGCCGUGCAGGGCAUGCUCUCCUACAUGGCCGACAACUCCGACGCCUGGGUCGGCUGGCUCUGGUGGGGCGCCGGACCCUGGUGGGCCGACUACAUGUACUCCAUCGAGCCGCCCUCUGGUACUGCUUUUACGAAGGUUUUGCCUUCGCUGUCGGAUUUUAUCUAAAUCAGCACUGUCGAAGUGGUGGUGGCUGGCCUGCAGUUAUGUCUGACUAGGUAAGGUUGGUCGAUGUGAGAGUGGGUGAAGUAGCUUGGAUUGGGUGGGGGAUUCUUGUAUAUAGGUAGUGAGCACGUUAGGAAUUAAGAAUAAAAUGGGAAAAUAUACUUACUAG